UUGUAUGUCACCAGAAGAGGCAAGAAACAUCGUGGCGACAGCGUCGUGCAUUACGAGACUUCGGACGUCACUGCACAGGCCGGACAUGAUUACGUGAAAACGAGUAGUACGCUGAGAUUUGUUGGACAGGAAUACGAAAAGUACAUCGACAUAGAGAUCAUCGAUGACAAACAGGACGAAAAAGAUGAGACCUUCAAUGUUGAGCUGACAUCACUGGAAGACAGUGAAGCGACACUCGGCGGCAAACGUCGUGCACUAGUCACCAUCGUAUCAGACGACAAUGCUCUAAUGAACAUCGUAAAUGUCCACAAACUUAUGGGGCAUUACAUGGACAAGCUUUCACCAUAUAGCGCGUCAUGGAUGGACCAAAUUCGCUCGGCCGUAUCUGUAGAUGCUGGCGAUAUAGAGCAUGCCACCCUUGGCGAUUGUAUAAAGCACGGAUUAGCGUUUCCAUGGAAGUUCAUUUUCUGCUUCGUUCCUCCUCCUAGCAUGCUCGGUGGAUGGCUGUGCUUCUUUGUUGCUUUAGCACUCAUCGGUCUCCUUACGGCCAUCGUUGGUGACUUCGCAUCCAUUUUUGGUUGUAUGGUCGGAAUGAAAGACGCUAUCACUGCCAUUACCCUCGUUGCGUUAGGGACCAGUCUUCCAGACACUUUCGCUUCAAAAAUUGCUGCUGAAAACGAUGACUCUGCUGACAAUGCCGUGGGU